AUGGCUAGUGCUUCAAAUCAAGCAAAUGCUGGUCCAGCACAAAUUCUCGAUGGAACAGCAUUGGCAAAGAGAGUUCGUUUGGGCGUUCAAGAACGUGUCAAAGAACACAAAGCUAAGAAUGGUAACUUUGAGCCAAACUUGGUCAUCGUUCAAGUCGGGGAUGAUAGUGCUUCUUCUACCUACAUUCGUAUGAAGCGUUUGGCAGCAGAAGAAUGCGGUUUCAAGUUCACACACGUUCAUUUGGCAGGUCAAACUUCCGAACAAGAGAUUAUUCGCAAAGUCGGUCAAUUGAACGAAGAUGUAGGCGUUGAUGGUAUCUUGGUUCAGUUGCCCUUGGGAAAACAUAUCGAUGCUGAAGGUGAACGCCGUGUUACCGAAGCUGUCAGCCCAGAGAAGGAUGUUGAUGGCUUCCAUGCUUUGAACAUUGGACAUCUCUCAAGCAAGGCAUGCAAUCCAAUGUUCUUGCCAUGCACUCCUGCCGGUGUGAUUCGUCUUUUGGAAGAAGCAGGCAUUCAAGAUAUGUCCGGUCUGCGUGCCGUAGUGAUUGGAAGAAGUGAUAUUGUCGGAAACCCAGUAGCAAGUCUUUUACGUUACCGCAACUGCACAGUCACACAAGUCCAUUCUAGAACGAAAGAUCUUCCCGCUCAUUUGAAAGACGCUGAUAUUGUCGUGGCUGCAAUGGGCAAAGCUCAGUUUGUGCAAGCUGAAUGGUUGAAGAAGGACGCAAUCGUUAUUGAUGUUGGUACCAACUACAUUCCUGAUUCUACCAAAAAGAGCGGACAACGUUUGGUUGGUGAUGUUGACUUUGCCAAAGCAAGCCACGUUGCCAAAGCCAUCACUCCCGUACCUGGCGGUGUUGGUCCAAUGACAGUUGCUAUGCUUAUGGAGAACGUGCUCGUAUCAGCAGAAAGAAGCUUGUCACAAGGCAGAUUAGGUCGCGGUGUCACAACAGCAAACCCCAUCAAAAUUCUCGAUCAAGUUCCAAGCGAUAUUGAAGUGGCACGCAGUCAAACACCAAAGCCAAUCACCCAAGUUGCCAGAGAGAUUGGUGUGCUAAGCACUGAGUUAGAACCAUAUGGGGACGUUAAGGCAAAAGUUGACCUAUCCAUUCUUGAGCGACUCGCACAUCGCAAGAACGGUAAAUACAUUGUUGUGGCAGGUAUCACACCCACACCAUUGGGAGAAGGUAAAUCCACAACCACAAUCGGUUUAGCACAAGCUUUGGGAGCCCAUUUGGGUAAAUCAUGCUUUGCCUGCGUUCGUCAACCGAGUCAAGGUCCCACUUUUGGCAUCAAGGGAGGUGCAGCUGGUGGUGGUUACAGUCAAGUCAUUCCAAUGGAAGAAUUUAAUCUUCAUUUGACGGGUGAUAUUCACGCAGUACAAGCAGCCAAUAAUUUACUGGCCGCUGCUAUUGAUACACGUAUGUUCCACGAAGCGACACAAAAAGAUGCAGCCUUGUUCGACAGACUCUGCCCUAAGAAGAAAGGAGUUCGCUCUUUCGCACCAGUCAUGUUCCGUCGUUUGAAGAAGUUGGGUAUCAACAAGACCAACCCGGAUGAUUUGACAGAAGAGGAAAAGAGCAAAUGGGCCAGACUGGACAUUGACCCAGAAACAAUCACAUGGCACCGUGUUACCGAUACAAACGAUCGUUUCUUGCGUCAAAUUACCGUUGGUCAAGCACCAACAGAGAAAGGACAAGAACGCAAGACAGGAUACGAUAUUGCGGUCGCAAGUGAAUGUAUGGCAGUACUGGCAUUGAGUCGCGAUUUGAAGGAUAUGCGUGAACGAUUGGGUCGUAUGGUCAUCGCAACAAGCCGUGCCGGUGAUCCAGUGACAGCAGAUGAUCUAGGUAUCGGAGGUGCAUUGACUGUCUUGAUGAAGGAUUCUAUCAAGCCAAAUUUGAUGCAAACAUUGGAAGGAACACCCGUCUUUGUACAUGCCGGUCCUUUUGCCAACAUUGCACACGGUAAUUCUUCCAUCUUGGCAGAUGCAAUUGCUUUGAAAUUGGCCGGUUUGGAAGAAGGUGAAACAGAUGAAAAGGCUGGUUACGUCAUCACAGAAGCAGGAUUCGGUGCUGAUAUCGGUAUGGAAAAGUUCUGCAACAUCAAAUGUCGCGAAAGUGGAUUGGUACCUGAUGCUGUUGUAUUGGUGGCUACCGUUCGUGCACUGAAGACGCACGGAGGUGGUCCAGAAGUUUCACCAGGAAAGCCAUUAUCUGAAGUAUACUUGGAAGAGAACUUGGAAAUCUUGGAGAAAGGAUGCACAAACUUGCGCAAACAUAUCGAGAAUGCCAAGAAGUUCGGAUUAAAGGUUAUUGUUGCUGUCAACAGAUUCUCUACCGAUACCGAUCGUGAAUUGGAGUUGGUUGCUCGUGAGGCAUUGGCAGCAGGUGCUGAUGCUGCUGUUCCUGCCAAUCACUGGGCUCGCGGUGGUGAAGGAGCAGUGGAUUUGGCCAAAGCCGUUAUCCAACAAUUGGAGGGUAAACCAUCCGAUUUCAAAUUCUUGUACAAUCCCGAUCAAUCGAUCGAACAAAAGAUUGAGACAAUUGUGAAGGAGAUGUACGGAGGAGAUGGAAUUGAGAUUUCCGAAUUGGCACAAAAACAAAUUGAUUCGUAUACAAGACAAGGCUUUGGUCAUUUGAACGUUUGCAUGGCCAAAACACAUUUGUCAUUGAGUCAUGAUCCAUCACAAAAAGGAGCACCAACAGGGUUCAAAGUUCCCAUCAGAUCUGUCAAACUUUCUGCCGGAGCAGGUUUCGUUUAUCCUUUGUGUGGUGAUAUGCAAACUAUGCCGGGUUUGUCUACCCGACCAGGAUAUUAUCAAAUCGAUUUAGAUGAGAAUGGACAAGUGGUUGGCUUGUUCUAG